GGUACUUUUUUUAACCGUGUGCAUUAUCUCAUGUAUCAUGACAAAACGACAGCAAAUUAGUUCACGAGUGUUUUCUUUAAGGAGCGACCAAUUUGAGUUUGUUUUACGAUUGAACAUUUUAGUUUCAUGGAGCUUGUGAACGGACUUACGACCCCAAUUACAACAGAGGAGGAAAAUACCGAAGGAACCAACGGUACUGAACACCAUGAAGCAACGAUUUCACCAAAUGGUAUUUUGCGAUGAAAUUUUGAGAAACUAUUAACCACCCUCCCACCAACUUUCACGACCGGGUAUACAGAGAUUUAAAGUGUUCAAUGAUAUUGAUAGCACAAGUCUGGUGGAUAAAAUUAGAAGAAGAAAGAGUUUUCAACUUGUAUACUCCGGAGUACUUCCAGUUUUUCCGGAUACUGGAACAGCCCUAUUGUUUCAUUGGGAGCUUAGCGAUCAGAUAGACAUGUCUUCGAAGCAACGAAAUCAAACCAACAGUGAGCUAUGUGGACAAAAAUCCCUUCAGAAUUAUCCCUUGGGGCGAGCUGUGUUGACCGACAUUGACAAGCGGCCGUACCAAUGUGAUAUAUGUGACAAAUCAUUUAAUAAGGAGAGUGAUUUGAACAGACACAGAAAGAUUCACAGUAAUGAACGACAGCAUAAGUGCGAGAUAUGUGGCAAUGAAUUCGUGCAUAAGCAUCACCUGAAGAAUCAUAUGGUAACUCACAGUUGCGAGCGACCGUAUAAAUGUAACAUAUGUGACAAAUUAUUUAAACAUCAGAGUACACUAACUUUGCACACAAAGAAUCAUAGUAAUGAACAACCGCAUAACUGUGAGAUAUGUGGCAAAGGAUUCGUUCACAAGUGUCUGCUUAUACAACAUUUGUUAACUCACACUGGCAAGCGGCCGUACCUAUGUGAUAUAUGUGACAAAUCAUUUGCUGAGGAUUGUAUUUUGAAUAGGCACAGAAAGAUUCACAGUAAUGAACGACAGCAUAAGUGCAAGAUAUGUGGCAAUGAAUUCUUUCAUAAGCAUCACCUAAACCGUCAUAUGGUAACUCACAGUGCCGAGUGGCCAUACAAAUGCGAGAUAUGUGACAAAGGAUUCGUUCAGAAGUCGCAUAUGAAUGAACAUAUGCUAACUCACACUGGCGAGCGACCGUAUAAAUGUGACAUAUGUGACAAAUCAUUUAAACAUCAGAGUGCACUAACUCGACACACAAAGAAUCACAGUAAUGAACAACCGCAUAAUUGUGAGAUAUGUGGUAAAGGAUUCGUUCAGAAGAAUCUGCUUAUGAAACAUAUGAUAACUCACACUGGCGAGUGGCCGUACAAAUGCGAAAUAUGUGGCAAAGGAUUCCUUAACAAGUGUCUGCUUAUGCAACAUUUGUCAACUCACACUGGCGAGCGGCCGCAUAAAUGCGAGAUAUGUGGUAAAAGAUUCCUUCGGAAGUAUCUGCUUAUGAAACAUAUGGUAACUCACACUGGCGCGUGGCCGCACAAAUGCGAGAUAUGUGACAAAGGAUUCGUGAAGAAGUCGUGUAUGAAAGAACAUAUGGUAACUCAUACUGGCGAGCGACCGUAUAAAUGUGACAUAUGUGACAAAUCAUUUAAACAUCAGAGUACACUAAGUUUACACACAAAGAAUCACAGUAAUGAACAACAGCAUUAAUGUGAGAUAUGUUGUUAAUGAUUCCUUCAGAAGUAUCUUCCAAUGAACAAAAUUUGAUUUUUUUCACGUUCAAUCAUUUAUUGUUUCAGUUUCUUUUUACAUUGCUGUGUAUUUUUACAUUUCAAGUGAUACAAAAUAAAACUAUUUUUUCAUCUUU